GUAAUAUAUCCUCCACAUUCAAAACUCACCGAUAAAGAGAAAACCAAUAUUUGCUAUUUGUCUUUUCCAGAUUCUAAUUCAGGUUGUCUUGGGGACACACAGUUUUGUUUUAGAUUUCGACGAUCUUCUGGAAGGAAAGUCUCAUUGUGUUGUUUUCUGGACCAAUUGGACAGAGAUUUACCAGUUUACUUAAAGAAAGAUCCAGCAUAUUACUACGGUUAUGUGUAUUUCAGGCAAGUUCGAGACAAAUCAUUAAAAAGAGGCUACUUCCAGAAGUCGCUGGUCCUCAUCAGCAAGCUACCUUAUGUCCAUCUCUUUCGCACCAUGCUUAAGCAAAUAGCACCAGAAUAUUUUGAAAAAAGUGAAGCUUUCCUGGAAGCAGUUUGUAGUGAUGUUGAUCGUUGGCCACCACCAAUUCCAGGGAAAAUACUGCAUUUGCCUGUUACGGGUAUUAUAAUGAAGUUGCGGAUUCCAACAUAUCGUGACAAGCCUGGAACAACGCCAAUAGUACAGAAUAUGCACCAGGCAGAUGCUCAGAUCUCUAUGGCUUUACCGACUGUUCAUGAAGUAGAUCUUUUCAGGUGUUUCUGUCCAGUGUUCUUCCACAUUCAGAUGCUGUGGGAACUAGUACUGCUAGGAGAACCACUUGUUGUGAUGGCACCAUCACCAUCAGAAUCUUCAGAAACCGUGUUGGCACUUGUUAGUUGUAUUUCACCGUUGAAGUACUGCAGUGAUUUCAGGCCAUACUUUACCAUACAUGACAGUGAAUUCAAAGAAUAUACAACUCGCACACAAGCCCCACCGUCUGUCAUUCUAGGGGUAACGAAUCCUUUUUUUGCUAAAACACUUCAGCACUGGCCUCAUAUUAUCCGAAUUGGCGAUAUUAAACUUCCAGGUGAAGUUCCAAAGCAGGUGAAAGUGAAAAAACUGAAGAACCUAAAAACUUUGGACUCCAAACCUGGUGUUUAUACCUCUUACAAGCCGUACUUGAACAAAGAUGAAGAAAUCGUUAAACAGUUACAAAAGGGUGUGCAACAGAAACGUCCUACAGAAGCACAGAGUGUGAUUCUUCGACGGUAUUUUUUGGAAUUGACGGAAAGCUUCAUUAUUCCAUUAGAACGUUAUGUGGCAAGCCUAAUGCCUUUGCAAAAAUGCAUAUCACCAUGGAAGAGUCCACCACAGCUGAGGCAGUUUAGCCAAGAUGACUUCAUGAAGACACUGGAAAAAGCAGGACCACAGCUCACAUCAGGUCUAAAAGGAGACUGGAUAGGACUUUACAGGCAUUUUUUGAAAUCGUCCAACUUCGACGGUUGGUUUAGGAGCCGGCAGAAAGAAAUGACACAGAAAUUGGAGGCCCUUCAUUUAGAAGCACUCUGUAAUGAGAACUUGGUUUUCUGGAGUCAAAAGCAUACUGAAGUAGAAACGGUCGAUCUCGUCUUAAAGUUAAAGAAUAAACUGUUGCAGGCUGACAGAGAACAGCUUCCUGUGAAAACUGACACACUGAAAAAGCUGCAGACACACAUCAAUGAUAUUAUACUAGCACUUCCAGAUGACUUACAGGACAUCUUGCUCAAAACUGGCACAACAUGA